CUAUAAUUUACUAUCCGGACUGUCUAUAGUCUAUAGUAUAGUCAGUAAUGAGUUCUAAGAAUUGUUUGUUAUUAUUUCAUCCUUCAUCCUUGGCUUGGAAUGGGUUUCCUGAAUCAGCCAAGAAAACCAACAACUUAGCAGAUUAACAUGCAUGACAAGAUUGACACAUGAAAUGCGUAGGAGGAUGUAAGGAGUAUACAAGGGUGGUCUAGUGCAAUAUGAAAAUAAAUCGUAUGUUCUCUGCUAGAAAAUUUUUAUGCAUUUUCAUCGUCAUCUUCACUUUUCUAUUUGCUAUAUUGGUCAGUGAUUUGUGGCAUGAAUGUGAUAAAGAAGAGCUUAUUGCCACCAAGAAUUUGUUAAAAAAAUAUGCUAGCCAGAUUCAAGAAUUAAGGAAUGAGCUGAAGAAAAAUGAGUUUCAACAGCCAUCAUUCUAUUUGCGACGGAGCAGACCAUCCACCUGGUUGAAAUCAUUGCCUGUUAUCUAUCUCAUCACUCCAACUCAUGCCAGGCUGGAACAGAAGGCAGAGCUAACAAGACUAAGCCAUACUCUACUCCAUGUGCCAAACAUUCACUGGAUCAUCAUCGAAGAUUCCUCUGAGAAAACAGCCCUAGUGCAGAACUUUCUCAAUAGGACUAAUUUAUCUUUUACUCAUCUCUAUGUUCCCACACCACCAGAAUAUAAAAUGUCUCAAGAAGAUCCCAAUUGGCUGAAGCCCCGGGGCGUGCUGCAACGUAACGCUGGUCUAGAUUGGCUGAGAAACAACACAUCCCCUAGUCAUGCUGGUGUUGUUUACUUUGCUGAUGACGACAACACGUAUAGCUUAAAAAUUUUUGAAGAAAUGAGGUAUACCAAGAAAGUCUCAGUCUGGCCAGUAGGUCUUGUUGGAUAUCUACGUUAUGAACGCCCCAUAGUGAACAAUGGAAAGGUUACAGCCUGGUACACUUAUUGGAAACCUAAUCGACCAUUUGCAAUGGACAUGGCAGGGUUUGCCAUUAACCUUAAGCUGGUUCACAAAUAUCCAGAAGCUAAAUUUUCUAAUGCUGUUCAAAGAGGUUUUCAAGAAUCCACGAUGUUAACAAAAAUGCAGUUGACUCUAGAUGAUUUAGAGCCUAAAGCAAACAUGUGCACAGAGGUUCUAGUGUGGCACACAAGAACAGAAAAGAGUAGAACUAAAAAUGAAGAGAAGAUGGUCAAACUGUAUGGCACAGGUUCAGAUCCAAAUAUUGAAGUUUGAUAUCUAUCGCAAGUUUUUUUCACUCGCUCUGUUGUUAUUAUCUAGGUGAUCUUAAUGAUAAUUAUAAUUUUUUUUGUGUCUUUUCCUCUGGAAAGUAGCUUCAUUUUACACUAAUGCAUUUUACAAAACAAUUUAGCAAUACUCUAUAAAUAAAAGGAAAUGUAAAAUUAAUAACAACUUAAAAAUACAUAAAUUCAACAAUCACAAUUUAAUAAUUCAAAAAGGAUAUUGACAAACAUAAAAAGUUAUUUUUUUUGUAAUCAAAUCACCAAUAGAACAACAUAAAUUUUCUGUUUGUUAGUUUUUGUAACUGACAACUUGUACUUUCUAUUUAGAACAAAUAUUAUUUAUAUAUGUGUAUAUACAAUGAAAAGCAAAAUCUUUAUAUAUAAGAUUUAUUUUUCUGCACUACUAUUUCCAUUGAAACAAAACAUAGACACAAGCGCACCAAUACAAUGUAGUACUGUUCAUAAAUUAAAAGUAACUAAUUUGCAUGCUGCAGGCUUCUAUCAGAAGAUAAAAAAAAAAAAAGCCCACUACAGUCACAACCAUUAAUGAAACCAAAGGGUUCUUAUUGAUCAGGUCAAGCCUUUUCUAAGAGAAUAUAUUGGUCAAGAUCUUGUGUAUAUGGUGUACAUUAGACUUUAAUACUUUAGAAUUGUACAAAUUUAUCUUCCAUGAUAUAGUUCUUCUAAAAUUUGUUAGCUGAUUUGAUUGGUGAUUAUUUGAUGUGGAUGGACAAUUGGAUAAUAUCAUGAUUUGAUCAUCUUAGUCUUAAUAACUGGCUGGUUCCAUCACUCGAACAUGUGCCUCAUUACAUGAAGAUUUAGGUAGGCCUACUUGAAAUAAGCACUUAAUCCAAUUAACCCUAAAGCUCCUAUUUCUGUUUUUAAAAAUCCUUUUAAACCCUAAGCAAAGAGGGGUAACUCGAAAAAAAAAAAAUUUUAAAUAAAAAAAUAUUGAAAAAAUUAUGUCUGUUUUAGACCUUAUACUUUUUUUUUUUUUAAAUCUAAAUAUUUUCCAACUUUUUUUUUUGGUCUUGUCAAUAUUUUAUAAAUUGUGUUUUGUUUGAUAAAAUUCCUGAUAAUUUAUUCACAUUGUUUUAUAAAUUGUAUUGCUGAAAAAAUGUUUGUUGUGUAUAUACAUUAAGUAGAACAUGUAUUGCAUCAUCAAUGCUUCAAGUAUUUAAAAUGCAUCUGGUUCACUUUCAUAUCAACCUCAAAACAAGGUUAAUAGUUCACUUAUCAUGAUAAUGGGGUGACGUAGUUAACCUUGUAUAUGAGUGUGGAAUAGUGUGGAAAGGGUCGUCUUGUGCAUGUAUGGAAGUAUAUUUUGUGAACAAUUAGUGUCAUAUGGAUAACAUGGUGCAUAAACAUUAUUUGAAAAGUAUCUUUUUAAAUGCUUAAAGAAGGCUCUGCUUUUUACAUGGUGUUUAACAUGUGAUGUUUCUCUUGGAUUUGUAUUAAAUAACAAGUAUAUUUUUUCUGAAAUGUUUCAAUAAUUUCCUUCUUGUGUUUGGGUUCUUUCCCUUCAAAUGUAAAAGUUUGAAUUCUUUCCCUUCAAAUGUGAAAGUUUGAAUUCUUUCCCUUCAAAUGUAAAAGUUUGAAUUCUUUCCCUUCAAAUGUAAAAGUUUGAAUUCUUUCCCUUCAAAUGUAAAAGUUUGAAUUCUUUCCCUUCAAAUGUAAAAGUUUGAAUUCUUUCCCUUCAAAUGUGAAAGUUUGAAUUCUUUCCCUUCAAAUGU